CCGAAACUCCCAACCAAUCUUUCUCAUCCUUCCGCUCCGCUCCUACCAGAAAACAUCGAGGAAGAUCUUCUACGCCUGCUUGGCUGUCAGCCAGUCUAGUCCAUGGCGCCCAAGGCGAAGCCAAAGCCCUCGCCGCCAGCCUCCAAACCUCUGACGCCACCACUGGAGGACCUUUUCUCUGCCCUUCAUCGCCAUUGCGAGAAUUCCGAGUAUGAUCAGGUCCUCAAGGUCGCACAUCAAGUUCUUUCGGUUGCCCCUGGAGACGAGGACGCCAUUCGGUGCAAGGUCGUUGCUUUGAUAAAAUCGGAUGCGGUGGAUAAGGCUCUUUCUACUAUUCUCGCAUCUGAAAGCCUGCCCAUUGACCUAAAAUUCUAUAAGGCAUAUUGCCUGUACAGGCAAAACAAACUGCAAGAUGCGCUGGAAUCGUUAAACAAUCUUGAAAGAAGUCUGAUGGUUUUACAGUUGGAGUCUCAAAUUCUAUACCGACUAGGGAAAAUGGAUGCUUGCACGCAAAGCUAUGAGAAGCUACAAAAACUCAAGAUUGAUUCCUUGGAUGUAAAAUCGAAUUUUAUCGCCACUUUGGUAUCAGCUGGAAGAUCUAAUGAAGUACAGGGAAUGCUUGAUGCUCUGAAAGUUAAACCUUCCAAUAGCUUUGAGCUGGCUUACAACACCGCUUGCUCUCUUAUUGAAAACAAAAAGUAUGCAGAAGCCGAGCAACAACUACUAUCAGCUCGAAGAAUCGGCCAGGAAAUGCUAAUGGAUGAGGAUUAUACUGAAGAAGAGAUAGAAACAGAGCUAGCUCCAAUAUCUGUGCAGCUGGCAUAUAUCCAGCAGUUACUUGGAAAAAAAGACGCAGCAGUAAAGGCUUAUAUAGAUAUAAUAAACCGCAACUUGGCUGACGCUUCGUCACUGGCCAUCGCUACAAAUAAUCUUAUCUCCUUGAGAGGAACAAAAGAUGCUUCUGAUAGCUUGAGGAAGCUUGACAGAUUAAUAGAGAAGGAUCAGAAUUCGAAGCUCUUUAAACUUGCUAGUGGUCUUGAUUUUAAGUUAUCGCAGAGGCAGAAGGAGUCCUUAUAUUCUAAUCGCUUGCUUCUACUUCUUCAGACAAAUAAGAUGGAUCAGGCUCAAGAGCUUGUAUCUGCACUUCUGAACAUGUUCCCUGAAAGUUUGACUCCUAUUCUUCUCCAAGUCGCCAUGCUUGUGAAAGAGAAGAAAGUUUCUGAAGCGGAGGAGAUGCUCGCACAAUUUGCACAAAAAUUCCCUGAAAAAUCCAAGCUCAUCAUGCUUGUCCGAGCUCAAAUUUCUGCUGCUGCUGGCCAUUUACAGACUGCUGCUGACUCCUUAUCUGCAAUCCAUGAUAUCCAACAUAUGCCGGCCACCGUUGCGACAAUCGUUUCCCUGAAAGAGCGCAAUAAUGAUUUCAACGGUGCCGUCAGUGUUCUGGAUUCUGCUGUCCAAUGGUGGAAGGAUGCAAUGACGGAAGACAAUAAGCUCAGUGUGAUCAUGCCUGAGGCUGCGUCCUUCAAACUCAAUCAUGGCCAUGAAACAGAAGCCUUUAAACUUUAUGAAGAGCUUGUACAGAAUCAUGGGAACACCGAAGUUUUGGUGGGAUUGGUUAAAACUGCGGCACGAACCGACAUUGCGAAGGCCGAAUCAUAUGAGAAAAAGCUCAAAGAACUGCCAGGUCUCAAGGGAAUCAAUGUGGAAAGCCUGGAAAAGAGUUCCGGAGCAAAGCAUUUUGAAGGGAUAAAUGUGGGGAAAAUGGAAAUCUCGGAAGAGGUGAAGAAAGCCAAAUCAAAGAAGAGGAAGAGAAAGCCCAGGUAUCCGAAGGGCUUCGAUCCUGCAAACCCGGGACCGCCUCCGGAUCCCGAGAGAUGGUUACCCAAGAGAGAAAGGUCUAGUUACAGGCCGAAGAGGAAGGAUAAGAGAGUUCAGGUGAGGGGUUCUCAGGGAGCUGUCAUGCGUGAGAAACAUGAUGCUUCUGUUUCAAAUGCCACAAAUGCUUCAAGCAACGGGCCUAAUCAGAAGUCCAGCCAGGGUUCUUCCAAAGGCACUACAAGUUCGGACUUUUCCAAACCUUCAUCCAAGUCUAGAAAGAAAAAUAGAUCGUAAGAACAGGAUCCCU